AUGACCAACAAGAGCUACCUCGCAUUCCUCGACAACAGCACCGCGUCCGACAUGCUUUCGCGCACCUCGGUCCCCGGCCUGUCCGCCCUGCCCAGUCUUAUCCCCCAUCGCGUGCGUAGGAAGUGGAGGGCUACCAAGUCGCGCAUACGCAGUCGCCAGGCCCCAACGUCAUCCAUCGCCGGCCUCGAGACGUCCUUCUCGCCCUCGGACACGCUGCGUUCGCUGCGCACCCACUCCUGGUCCAUAUACGAUGCCCAGUACCUCUUCCUCGCCAUCGUCGCCAUCUUCUCCCUCUCCGUGAGCGAGGCGCCUGGGCCCUUUGCCAAAACAUUCAUAGCCACGCUGCUCAUGACCGGCCUGUGUUUGCCCAUUACACGACAAUUUCUCCUCCCAUUGCUCCCUACUCUUACCUGGCUGUUCCUCUUCUCGAGCUGCAAAUACAUCUCCGCCGACUACCGCCCUGCCAUCUGGGUCCGCGUCCUCCCCGCUCUCGAGAAUAUCCUCUACGGCGCCAACCUGAGCAACAUUCUGUCCGCACACAAGCACACAGUCCUUGACAUCCUCGCCUGGUUGCCCUAUGGAGUCGUACACUACGUAUCGCCUGUUAUUGUCAGUGGAUGCAUGUUCAUUUGGGGCCCCCCUGGCACCCUACCCAUCUGGGCGCGUGCUUUUGGCUACAUGAACAUCACAGCUGUUCUGAUCCAGAUCGUCUUCCCAUGCUCGCCUCCUUGGUAUGAGAACUCAUAUGGAUUGGCCCCCGCCAACUACAGUAUCCCUGGAGACGCCGCGGGACUCAAGGCAAUCGACAAGCUGACUGGAAUUGAUAUCUACACUUCCACCUUCCUCGCCUCACCCAUGGUCUUUGGUGCUUUCCCCUCAUUGCACUCCGGAUGGGCUACCCUGGAGACGCUGUUUAUGGGACAUGUCUUCCCCAGGCUGUUCCCCGUAUACGUUUUCUAUACCAUGUGGCUUUGGUGGUCAACUAUGUACUUCUCUCACCACUACGCCGUUGACCUGGUAGCUGGCAGUCUGCUUGCUGGUGUCUGCUACUUCUUUGGUCGCGCCAAGUUCCUCCCUCGCCCGCAAUCCGACAAGGAGUUCCGAUGGGACUACGACUACGUCGAGAUUGGCGACCCCAUGGACGGUGCUGGCUACAGCAUGCUCGACAUCUACGAGGAGUUCCAGCCUCACUCCGACUCUGACGACUGGGCCAGCGGCUCUUCCUCAUCUUACUCUACUGGUGGCAGGAGCCCCAUCGGCGCUCGAUCCCCUACCGACGACUCUCAAAGCCUCUGGGAAGGCGACACAGUUGGAUCCGAUACCGAACACACCCUCCGCAAAGACUAA